GACAUCUAUGCGGCCUCAGAGGGUCCUCGAGCUGGAUAUUCAGAGCAUUGAAGAGUUGUUCAGUCAUGUAGACAAACGGGCAUCGCUGCGCAACUCAAAAGUCAUGGGUCUGAAUACGUGUGAUAGCUUGGACCUCUUUCCACAGGAACCUAAGGUCACAAUCCUUGACUCUAAAAAAAGCAUGAAUAUUGGGAUCUUUCUGAGACAUUUCAAAAGGCCAGUGGCAGAAAUGGUGCUGGACAUUAGUCAAGCAAACUGGCUCAGAUUUGGAUCAGGCAAACUACAAGAGCUUUGCAAACUACUGCCUGAAGAAAGAGAGGUAAAAUCAGCUCUAUCAGCUUCGUGGAAUCUCUCCGUGUUACCAGAGGCUGACCGCUUUAUGGUGCAGCUGGUCAAAGUGCCGGGGUGACUAUGACGAACGUCUCUGAAAAUGAUGGUGCUGAGGGAGGAAUUCUUCCCUCUUAUGGAGGAGAUGAAGAUCUCUGUUGCUGUCAUGACCAAAGCAGCUCAUGAGCUGUUGAACUGUGACGACCUCCACUCAGUCAUUCGGCUGGUAUUAAAAGCGGGGAAUUACAUGAACGCUGUUGGUGCCAAAUGCUCCAUCGGCUUCAGGAUGACCUCUCUGCUCAAUCUGGCAGACACCAAGGGCCAACAAGCCGGGAUGAACCUCAUGCACUAUGUUGCCAAGCAAGCCGAGGACAUCGAUGCCGAGUUGCUGACGUUCCACACCCAGCUGGAGCACAUUGGGUUGGGAGCAAGAGUUUGUAAAGAGGAAGUCAUCACGGACUUUGAGAGGCAACUCAAAAAGGUCAAGGAAGUGAAAUUGUACUGCAGCAGACAGCCUGGCCUCUUACAACAAAUGGAGACAUUUCUCUUGAGGGCUGAGGCCAAGCUGGCAGAUGUGGAGUUCUCCGUUCUGGAGCUGAAGGCUCGUAGCAAUGCUGUCGCUGAGUAUUUCUGUGAAGACCCGGCUACCUUCAAACUGGAAGAGUGCUGCUCCAUCUUCCAUUCAUUCUGCAAGCGGUUUGACACAGCUGUAAAGGAGAAUCAAGAGCGAGAGGCAGCCGACCAGAGGCGCAAGCGGAAGGAGAGUAUGCGUUUUGUAGCCAAACGCCGCUCCAUAGUGUCUUGCCCAGGACCCGACACUGAUCGGGACUCAGGUAUAGAGUCGGCCUUACACAGCUUUCUCUCCUCCGCUCCAGAGGGAGUAGUCAGAAACAGGAAGAAGAUACUGCCCCCAAUCGAAGGAUCGCCUGUUGAACGCAGCGCUUCGGUUCCAUCGCUAGCAAAAAUGGAGACUCCGCCCCGCACUAGACCCGAGAAGAAACAACCCAUACUGCAGGAAAAAGACGAGCAAAUAAGUGAUCUAGAAAAAAAAGAAGAAGCUGAAAAAAUGCGUGAGAUAACCAGGAAGGUGCUUCACUAUCAAAGCAGCAGAAGCAGCCUUAAUGGGAGCAGAGAUUCAGAAACUCCCCUACGGUCGGAGAGAGCACAGGACACACCAGACACCUCGAGUACCCCGAGUACCCCGAGUACCCCGAGUACCCCGAGUACCCCGAGUACCCCGACUACCCCGAGUACCCUGAGUACACCGAGUACCCCUCAGCCUCGAACCAGAGACUUCUUCUUCUCCAACAACGAUGAUUCGGGCUCCCCAUGGACGAUCCUGAGCCCUUUUACUAGCUCCCAAAGAAACACCAGACACCUACGCAGACUAUCCUCAACUCCAAGUGGAAAAGAUGGAGUGUGGGAGAUGGACAAAGGCAGUUUCCUCGCCACUUCCUCUGAACCGGACACUCUAACAUCUCCCCCAGAGGGUCCUGCCUCCCUCCCUGAGUGCCCCAGUCUAAGAGCUGUGUCGCAGGCUCCCAUCCUCAGGUCUGUUUCCAUGGAUGGAACCACGCGAUCUCCAGCAUCUGGCUUUCGGCUGGGAGACUUCAUCCUGAGAAGCAUGUCUCAGAGGUCAUACUCCUCUGGAUCAAGGACAGAAUACAGGAGAGAUGGAGGAGCAAGAGUGUCUUCAUUGUUUGGCAGGAAGGCUGGGAAUCAUGUAGAAGACCAGGGGGGCUCCUCGGGGCUCCUCUCCUUCUUCAGGCGCAUCGGAGGCAAAAGUAGGCCAUACGAUGUGGAAGAGCACAAAUAUAAUACUUGAAAACAUUUUUUUAUUUAUAGACAAAGGCCAAGCUUUGUCAUUUUUUCUAUGUUUAAGAAUUUAAAUUAG